GUGGUAAGACGACCUUCCUGAACAUUCUUGCCGAUCGCCAACCAGCCGGUGGCGUUGUGACGGGUGACAUCCGUGUCAAUGGGGCGCAGCGGGGCAUCUACUACAAACGACAGGCGGCCUAUGUGAUGCAGUUUGAUGCGCUCUUUCCCUUUCUGACGGUACGAGAGCAUCUGCAGUACGUGGCUAGUCUACGCCUGGAACCCUCGG